AUGUCAUCAUCUCCAGUCGACGCCGAGGUCCUCAUCGUCGGUGCCGGCAUCGGCGGUCUCACGCUGGCAGCCAUCCUCUCGCGCCUCGACAUCUCGUGCAAGGUCCUCGAGCGAAGCGACGUGCUGCGCCCCGUCGGCGCGGGCAUUUCGCUCUCGCCUAACGGCCUCCGCAUGCUCGAUCAACUCGGCGUGUACGAGAAAGUGCUGGAAGCGGGCCAGAAGCUGCGGAAAGUGCAAAUCUGGCGCGGUAAUAAGCUCUGGAAUACGGUAGACUGGGCGGGCUGCGAGGCCAAGUUCGGGUAUCCGGUCAUGUCCUUGGAGCGUCACCACUUUCACAGACUACUCUUUGAUGCUGCGGGAGGCGAUGAUGUCGUGCAGUUCGGCACAAAGAUUGUUGAUGUCAUUGACGAUCCGAGCGAGUCCUUCGUCAGGGUGGUCUCUGACGAGGGGAAAGAGUUCCGGGCUCACGUCGUCGUCGGUGCUGAUGGGAUACGGUCUGUUAUCCGGAGAUGCCUGGCUCGAGACGCUGGCCUCAAGGAGGCCAACACCAUCAAGUUCACAGGGCGUGUCCACAUGAGUGGCAUCACCGCUCCGCUGGAGCAUCUUAGUACUCAGGACCUCGGUGUCGCCAACUGGAUGCUCUACGAAAACUCGACUCUCACAACUUGGCCAUGCCCCGACAACCGACAAUGGUUCAUCGGAGUCACGAAAACCGACGAGAAGGUUGAUUAUGAUCGGUCUAUCUGGAGCAACUGUGACGAAGAUACCAUCAAUUCAGUCUACGGAGACAAGUUCCACCCGUUCGCGGAGAAAGGAGAGUUUAGAGAUAUUGUCGAAAAGAACGAGCGUAUCCUUGCCUGCAAUAUGUUCCAAGAAGUUGAGUUCCCUUCAAUGGCCCGAGGCAGAGUCUGUCUUAUCGGCGACUCCGCGCACAGCAUGACCAGUGCCUUUGGCCAGGGCGGAAACCUAGCAAUUGAAGAUGCGGCGGUUCUGGCUAGCCUAAUCCAGGAAAAUCGAGGGUCUUUGGAGCAGAAAGUAGAACCAAUCCUCCAGAAGUACAGCCAGAUGCGAGAAAAGAGGGCAAAGGAAGUGGUCAAGUUCAGUUUCCGCUUUAUUUUACUACACGGAGCCUUUCUACCCUACGGCAUUGGACCGUUGCUGCGGUGGUUGAUCUAUGCUUUUCUGCCCGGCGGCGCCUGGCUAUGGUUUCUCGAGUUUCUGUAUGGGUUCCAACCCACUGUACCACAUUUAGACUUUGCAUCGACAAAGACAUGA